AUGCAUGUUACAUCUCGUGCCGGUGCAAGAUUAGGCUCUCUAAGGCUCACACUCUCGGGAUCCCACCUUCAUAACAUCAUCGCGCCGAAGCCAUCGUUUGGCCGUCUGCUAUCCACUAUCAAAUUCUACAAUCGAAACCCAAGACCUAUCAAAAAGAGACGUCUGAAGCUACCUUUAUAUCCACCACCGCAAGUUAUAGGAAUGACAAGUCAAGUUAAGAUCCUCGCACAUAUCGACUCCAGAUACAAAAAAGAAUUCAUUCGCGAGAGUGGCGGAGGUGAGGACGUUGCCGCCCUGAAUCGCCCACUUCCGUCUGCGGAGUCAAUCAAGAACGCUGUAGCUGCAAGUGAAGUCGCCUCGGAGACUGCUGAGACAGCCGUUCAAGAACCGGCUCCUCCCCCUCGCGUUUACAAGCUGUAUCAUUGGAAAGUACACGCACCGAAUGCAAGACUUGUGUACAUUCGUGAUGCGCAAACAGCCGAUCAUGAACUGUCGCAAUUGGGAGAUGGGCCUCUUGGGUUCGAUAUGGAAUGGAAACCUGCGUUCUACAAAGGUCAAAAGGCGAAUCCAGUCGCUCUUAUCCAACUAGCGAAUGAUGACGUUAUCUUGCUCUUACAAGUUUCCGCCAUGAACGGAUUCCCUCAGAAACUCAAAGAGAUCAUGGAGAGCGGCAAGAUCGUUAAGACGGGGGUCGGCAUACAAAACGACUGUAAGAAGCUCUACUUAGAUUAUGCCGUAGUUGCCAGGAAUUGUGUCGACCUCUCUCUCCUCGCUCGCACCGUGGACAAUGAACGCUGGAAGGGCAGAUACGCGUUACCGAUUGGACUUGCCAGACUAUGCGAAGCUUACGAAGAAUUAACACUACACAAGGGCAGUAUCACAAGGAGCAACUGGGAAACGUUGCUGUCUGAGCCGCAGCAGCAUUAUGCUGCAAAUGAUAGCCAUUCGGCUUAUAGGCUGUACCAGAGGCUGUCCGCGAUGACUCUGACCCUAUCACCCUCGCCAUCGUUUGUCUACUACACCUUCAAUUACGUCGAUGGCCGGCUGUGCGAUGCAGAAGGUAUUGCAUGGCAGCCAGUAAAUCCGAACUACGAUCCAGGUCCGCCCCCUCCUCCGCGAGAACCGAAGGCAAAGAACGAGAAAAACGAGAAGGAGGUAUCCAGAAAUGAUGAGGGAGACACCAAAGUAGCAUCAUCGAAGUAUUAUAUUUCUCACAAGCCCAGGGGGCCGCGACGCAGGCCGGAAUUUCCCAACGCAUCAAACGUGACGGUGAUGGAGGCUCCGUCGUCGUACGCGAAUAUGACCGCCCGAGGCGGCCAUCGUCAUCGAAGUCCUAUGAAUCAGCCACCGUCACAAGAGCAGCUAUGGCAAGCGCGGCGUCCCGUUGUCAACAUGACCAACCCACACCACCCGUGGUCCAGCCCCGUAGCCAGACAGCAGCACGAACACGACAGGUUUUUCCCUCAUGGUGCAAUUGCUGGGAAUACAUCGCCGCAACAAUAUCAGCGGCGUCCUCGCCCGCCAGAAGCUGCUCCGAAUCCUUCAUCCUUCUCGCCCGGACCCAUGCAGUUUUCUCAUCAGUAUCCGUCGCGGGGACGGGGACGCGGAGGUCCCGUGGGGAUGCAGGAAGUUCCUGCUAGAAACAUGGAAGAGAUGGUAGGCUGGGAUGGCCACCAGCAGCAGCGGGGACGGGGACGCAGAGGUCCCGCGGGAAGGCAGGAAGUUUCUGCAAGAUAUAUGGAAGAGACGGUAGACAGGGAUGGGCAGCAGCAGCAGCGGGGAUGGGGACGCGGAGGCCCCGUGGGAAGGCAGGAAGUACCUGCAAGAAACGUGGAAGAGAUGUUCCUGCAAGAUAUAUGGAAGGGAUGGGGGGCAGGGAUGGGGGGCAGCAGCAGCAGCAGGGACGCGGCAUGCAUCCGGGAGGACCGCGAGGGCAUCCUCGAAGUCGAGGCCGGGGUCGUGGAGAACGACGAGAGGCAGAUCUCUGACGAGAACAUUGAUAAUGUAUGA